GUACUUAGGUGGGUUCUUAUCUUGUAUGCAUAUUUAAGCACUUCAUUAGUUGAAUAAGGUGAUCCACCAUGCACUUCACCAGCCACAGACAUCAGAAGAUGGAAAAAAAGAUUCCCUUACUCUCAGCUUGUGUCGGCAUGCAGAUUCCGACACUGACUAGAAUUAUACAAGAAUAGCUCCUCAUCCUCCAGACAGAUGAUCCAAUUGUUAUGGCAAAUCAAUGGAAUCCUCUCUUGAAGUGUGCAAUUUGUUCUUUUAUAUAUGCAAAUUGUCAAAGAUGGGGGGAACAUUGUAAAUGUAUCACAUCUUUGGAAGAUGCUACAAUGUGAUUCCAAAUCCAAAGUCAAUGUUUUUGAUGCAUGAGUUGGUAAGUUUGGUUAGUGGGAAGCAUGGUAUCGACAAUGCCAUGGCAGCACCAAGAUCCAAAAAUCAUGACAGACUUUGCAUGCCAACUUUGUGACAUUUCCAAAGAGAAAAUAUUCUUCUUGUCUCCCUUGAUUCUUCUGAUAUACAUGAAGUAUGAGCAUGCCAAAUUGUCAGCCUCUACAACUUGAGAGUUCAGAACUUGCAAGAGAAGAGAUUGCAGCCAUGAUAACAAAUACUAAGAGCUCGCAGCAUCUUCGGUCCAACAGCUUGCCUUCUUUGUCAAGCCACCCCUUACUUGUCAUCAACUCAUCAUCUUCAAUCAGACAAAAGCUCAAUGGAUAGCAGGAUUUACACGAAUGCACCGAUAAGUGGAAAAUACUUGUCAUCAAGGAUAAGAAGGCAAUUCGAAAGGCACAAGGAAGUUUGAAGGGAAUCAACAAUGAGAGCAUUGUUACUUCUUCAAAUAGAAGCAGUGAGAGACUGAAUGCUUAGAAUAUUAAAAGAAACAGGAAGAAGUCACAGUGAGCUCACUAGAAUCUUUGUUCUUGCUUAUUACCGGCCAAAAGGCGCAACCAAAGUCAAGAAGGUGCUUGAUGAUCUCCAAGUUGAUGCAGCCUAACAGAGUGUAAUGUGACUUGAAAGGUGUGGAUGCAGUUUUGCAAUCUCUCUUAAAUCACAAACCUUCGUCUAUAAAAAAUUUUCAAAGUGAUAUGCAAAAUUGGGAGAUAUGCAUUCAGGAUCUUGAAGAAGCAGUAGAGUUCCUCUCAUGAAAACUAAUUAGAAUUACAGUUUCUCUUCUCAUCAUCUUCAAUCACUAGUCAUAGGAAAACCAUAUAACUGUGAACAACCAAUGACAAUUUUCCAUAUCCUUGUCUCACAGUUGUACAAAAAUGAGAUUAAAUCAUAUUCUGUAAUAAUAAUAUAUACUAUAUGAGCAUCAAGUCAUAGUCACCAAGUUAUGUGUCUCCCUUUUCUUCCUUUACUAUGUUCCCACAUCUCAACUUUCCAGUUUCAAAUUUCUUAUAGUGACCAUAAUGGAUUUUACAGCACCUGUUUUCUCUUUAUUUUUCUGUUUCUUACAUCCAUUGUUUGCCAUCCUUGAAUGCUCUACAAAUAUGUAGACAGAAGCAUUUUGACCAAAAGUGAGUGUUGCUUGACCAAAAAAAAAUGAUAGGCCCUAUGUAAUAAAUAAUAAUUAAUCUCCUCCACUUAGGAAGUUUUUUUUAAUAUGUAUGUUGCAUGCUCAUCUCAUAGAAUUGCAUAUUUUCCUUCCAUGCUAUUUCCUUUUCAGCACAUUUUUUAUGAUGUUAAAAUGCAUGAUAUCAAUAUUUAAAACCAUACAUGUUUCUUAUCUGAAAUUGGAUUCUUCUUGCACUUAGUUGAGAAGACAAAUUUGAGACAUAUCUCUGUUAAUUAAAAGAACCAGCUCCACCACCUGCAGAAAACGUUUCCAUAACAAUGCUCAUGCAUGAACAAGGUUUGAAAUUCUUUUCUUAUUUUAUUUACUCUUUAAGUAUAUAUAGCAGCACCUACACAAGAUACCAUUUUCCAAGAACCAUGUGAUUUCGAAGUUUAUAAAAAAAAGGUUGGGAAGCCUGGUGAGUAGGAAGCACUUAAUAAACAAUACCAUUUUAGAUCUGAAAUUCAAAUCAAGGUGAUAUAAUUGCUAAUUCAUUUUGGAACAUCUAAGGAAUAAAAAAAGUUCCACUUGUUCCCUUUGUCUCCCUCAAUUCAUUUGCUAUAUAUGUAGCAGAUGCAAACCACAAAGACCUCAGAGAUUAUCUGAAAAAAUUGUGUAACAUCAUCUCCUACUUCUAGAGUUCUCUUUUGUCUUGUAACACAAGAAAAAAUGGAAACAAGCUCAAAGAUCUCUAUUCACACUAGGUGCAACAGUUUGCCCUCUGCACCUCACCCACUUAUAUCACAAUUCCAAGAGCAUUUGCAGAGGUUGAAGGAUUCUGAAGCCUCCACUACCUCUUUGUCAUCAUCUUCUAUAAGCCAAAAACUGAUCGGCUUGCAGGAUUUGCAUGAUUAUGCUGAUAAGUUGCUUCAAUUGCCAACCACACAAAAGGCUUUGGUGCAAGAAUGGAGUGGCAACUUGUUAGAAGGGUCACUGAGGCUUCUUGAUAUUUGCAACAUGGCCCAAGAUUGCCUCAUGCAAACAAAAGAAAACUUGCAUGAGAUCCAAUCAGUUAUGAGAAGGAAAGGCGCUGAUACCGGAUUUGCAGUCAAGGGUGGAAAAUACUUGGCAUCUAGGAAGAACAUGAAGAAGGCUAUUCAUAAGGCCUUAACCAAUUUGAAAGCAAUGAAAACUGAGACAUUUGUUUCUUUCUCUAACAUGGACAAUGAAACUUUUUCAAUGCUUAGCAUCCUGAAAGAAGCAGAAACAGUCACUUUGAAUUUGCUAGAAUCUUUGUUGCGGUUUAUCUCUGCCUCAAAGAGACAUAGCAGAUGGUCUAUUCUAUCCAAGUUUAUGCAGCCUACAAGAGUGACUUGUGAUUCUGAAGAAUGUGACACAAAUGAAUUUGUAAAGGUGGAUGCAGCUUUGCAUCAGAAGCCUUUAUCUACUGAGAACUUUCUCAGCAACACAGAGAAUAUGGAGAUCUGCAUUAAGGAUCUGGAAGUACAAGUUGAAUGCCUCUCAAGGAAACUCAUUAGAACAAGAGUUUCCCUUCUUAACAUCUUCAGCCACUAGAUAGAGAGAAAAAGAAAAAUGUAAAUAUCAAAUGUAGACAAAUAGAUAUCCAAAAUUCAAAUUAUGUCCCACAAUUGUACAUCAAUAUGAAUCAACCCAAGUUUUGUUACUACA